AUGAACGGCACGGCAGCCCGUAAGCUUCGGCGGCUGGAGCUGACUUCUCGUCGUUGGCGGAGAGGCGUGCGCUCCUGGGAGGCCGGCGUCCGGCUGCGAAGCGACGCUUGUCGAUUCACAGGAGGUCAAACGGCCGACCGCCCCGACCGUCCAAGUGCACGCCCUCGCCAAUCAAGUGGCUGGGGAAAUAUUAGUCUGACAGUAAUAGUUUCAGUUUUGUCGUGCCAAUUUCGCUCCUCAUUAGAAACUGCACUGUGCCGUGCGUCUAGUGCUCUUCACUGCAGGUUCUCGUCGCGCCCGCGCCUCACCCAAGAUUCUUUGCCAGCCGCGCUUUCUUCACCCCGCCGUCUCUACCCCUUUCGCGACGUGCGUCCUUACAACAUUCCUAAAUCUGGUGUCUUCACAUUUGUAAAAAAAAAAAAAAAAAACUUGGAAGUUGGGAUAACUGAACGUCACGGAUUAGUCACGGUAGCUGAACACAAGGGUGAAGUUCGACAACUAGAGUUACAGUGUGCGCUGUGAAGGGGAUGGAGGUGCCGCUGCAGCGCGCCGCCCUGCAGGCGGUGGUGCGCGGGGGCGGGGG